AUGGAGGAAGAAUGGGUCAAACUACUUGACGGUUUCUGGUUUCUUGUGAAAGAGCAUCAUUUUCGAAUGCGAAAGCGAUGUCGCUCCAGGCAGAAUGUGGAUUUCACCCAAACUUCACAGAUUGAGGGGUCACGCCGGUAUCCCAAUCACGGCAUUGUCCAGGCGCCACAGAGUAAGGCUGAAGACGCUAACCACAAUGCCAAUAUUUUCUGGCUUGGCGGUUCACGGUCCAGUGCAAAUCGACCACCAGUGCCAAGAAAGCAAAAUGCUCAGCGAAGACGAACAGUUAUGCUUGCACCUGAUGUAAGUGAACGGCUUCAACCCCACGAAGCAAAUGGGCUGAGGGGAUGA